UGUCUUGCCUCUCCUCUCGUCUUCCGCUCUGCCAUGCUUCCCUCGUCUCAAAGCAAACGCCACCUCCUCCUACUCCUCAACCCCAUACCCGACUCCCUUCUUUCCAUAUCCUUCUUUUCUUCUUCUUCCAACUUCGCAACACAAAACCAGGCUCGAGCGCCACCAGAAAGCGACCUCCCCUCCCUCAUCGCCCAACUCGUCCGUACCCACUCCGGCGACCCUCGCGCCUUAUCCCGCAGCCUUUCCCGCCGCCUUCCUGAUGAUGCGUGGCCGCCGCCCCUCGUCGAUCGCGUCCUCAAGCUGCUCUGGAACGACGCCCCCCGCGCCCUCCUCUUCUUCCGCUCCCUCCUCCUCCUCCCGUCCUUUCACCCCGCCGCCUCCUCCUUCGACCAUGCCGUCGACCUCGCCGCUCGGAUCCACGACCACUGCUCCGUCCGCUUCUUCCUCGGUCUCCGCGGCCGCAUCGCCCUCCCGCCUUCCCCCCGCACGUUCGCCAUCCUCUUCGAGCGCCAUACCAGCGCCGGCAAGCCCGACCGCGCCGUCCGGGCCUUCUUGUCGAUGCACCACCAGGGGUGCCCCCAGGAUCUGCACGCCUUCAACACCCUUCUCGACACACUUUGCAAGUCUCGCCGCGUCCGGAAGGCCGCCUCACUCCUUAAGGUCUUCCGUGAUCGGUUUCGCCCCGACGCCGUGACGUACAACAUCAUAGCCGACGGCUGGUGCCGGAUUAAGUGUACGUCCCAGGCGCUCGAGGUGCUGCGAGAGAUGGUGGAGUUGGGGAUCGAACCGACGAAGAACACUUACAACAUUCUUCUCAAGGGAUACUUCAGGGCAGAUCAGGUGAAGGAGGCGAUGCGGUUCUUCAAGCAGAUGAAGAAGCGAGGACGAAAGGAUAGUCCCAGCGAUUCAGAAUGUCGGCCUGACGUCGUCUCCUACACGACGAUGGUGCAUGGACUAGGCCUUGCAGGGCAGCUCGACAACGCCCGGAAACUGUUUGAUGAAAUGGUUGGUGAGGGAUGCUUGCCUUCAGUUGCGACUUACAAUGCUUUGAUCCAGGUUAUUUGCAAAAAGGGUUGUGUUAAAGAUGCCAUCUUGCUGUUUGAUGAGAUGUUGAGGAAGGGAUACACUCCGAAUUCCAUUACCUAUAAUCUGGUGAUUCGAGGGCUCUGUCAUGCUGGAAAGAUGGAUGAAGCAAUGGAAUUUUUCAGUAGGAUGAAGCUUGAUGGAUGUGAGCCCAAUGUGCAGACAUAUACCAUUCUGAUAAGGUACUGGCUUGAGGAGGGGGAGUUCGAGAAGGGCUUGGAGCUGUUUGGGAGGAUGGGAGAGCAGGAGAGCUGUUUACCGAACUUGGAUACGUAUAAUGUCAUUAUCAGUGCGAUGUUUGUGAGAAGACGGCCUGAAGACAUGCUGGUAGCUGGGAAGAUGGUGAUGGAGAUGGUCGAGAGGGGCCAUUUGCCAAGGAAGUUCAUGUUUAAUCGCAUAUUGAAUGGUCUGCUGUUAACUGGGAAUCAAGAAUUUGCAAAGGAACUUUUGAGAUUGCAGGAGAAAUAUAGAUGUCUGCAUCGAGAGAUCAGAUUGUGAAACUUAGUCAGUAUCCAGAUAUGUUGUUUUCACUUGGGGGCUCAUAUCUAACAUUUCAGCUUAACAUUAUGUGCAGUUAAGGAAUUAAAGUUACUGCUGCUAAACAGCCUGAAGACUUGAGUACUGUAGAAGCAGAUGUUUCGAAAGAAAAUUAUUACCUUGUUUCGGAUACUAUGACCGAACGUGCAUUCUUCUUGGCAAGAAUUGGUAACCUUUAGGACAAUUUUAUUAGCAGCACAGCAUUUGGUGACCUGAGGUGACUUAUCGAAGGAGGAAGGACACAGGUAAACUGCCAACUCAGAACUAACAUGUAUUUGUUGCCUCGAUUGAACAGAUAUGUUUAGUGAAAGAGCUUCUAGUAGUCAAUGUUCGUCGGCCUGGAUUAUGAAGACAGAUGGAGUGUGUGGUGCUUCCACAUUCCUUGGCAGUGUUCUGCAGUUUGUUGCAAGUCUGAGUACUGAGAACUCACAAGAUCAUGCCACCAUCAAGUUUGAUGCUGGCAUGAUCACUGGGAUCUGAGGUUGCAAAUUCCAUGAAAUUUAUGUCCCCAUGAUUUAACACAUCCUUUUCAUGACUCCGAACUGAGAACUCACAAGAUCAUGCCACUGUCAAGUUUGAUCAUUGACUGGACAUGUCUACUCUUUGGUACAGAAUAUUUGGUGUUAUCUUGUUCAUUCUUCUCUAGCUCAUGCCGCGGGAACCCUACCGCAUGGAUUCCACUUGCUGAAGGCCAAUAGGAGAAGAAAAUUGUUGCGGAUAAACACUCGAAUCAGCCGGUGUAAGCAUUAGCUGAGGAAUGGAUCAGUCAGUGGAAUACUGCUAUUUUUGUAUCUACACUUCAUUUCUCUGUUUAAGAUUCUUUUGAGGUGAUAUGUCUUUAUUUAAUUAGCAAGAUGAAUGAACAAGCAGCUCUUACUUUUAUCAAAUGUAACAUUAUCUUUUAAUAAUUG